AUGUCUGACAACAAUUGCUGCUCUGAAACCUACAGCUCUCCCUUCCUCAGGAAUUCAUGUUGUCUUCCUGUCACCUCACCCAGUGCCCUCCACUCCACUGAGGUCAGCUGUGGAGAUGCUCCCUGUUCUCCUAGUAGCAACCUGGUCAGCAUCAGCAACACAGUCCAUGAUAACUGCCAUGGGCCUUGCAGUGAACACACAAUCCAAUCAACCAGCUGUGAAAGGGUUGCUUGUAACCCUUCCGUUUGCUCUCCGAUUGUUUCCGGGGUGUCUGGAUCCCAUCAAGAAAGUAGCUGUUUUCCUAUCACGUCCUGUGGUUCUAGUCUCUCUCGUCUAGCAUUCUGUAGACAACCAUUGAGGUGCCACCUUUCAAGUUACCAGUCCUAUGGUUAUCAACCCCUGGGCUACCUGACCUACGGAGGUCAACCACUGAGCUACCUUUCCUAUGAUCGUCAACUACUGAGAUACCACUCCUAUGGAUGCCAGCCUCCUACCUGCACGUCUGACUACUACAGACCUUUGAACUAUACAUGCAGCAAUUUUCAACCAUACUCCUCUUCCUUGAGCUACUGGUAG